GGUUGCAUCUUUUCGUCGACGCGUUCCAAGCAGUACCGCCCCAGCCCAUCGGUGCCCCACAGCCAAUCGAACCAAUCUCAGCAACCACCCUUUCUAUUUUCAAAAACGAUCGCCGGUCGAGCCUCGGGUCUAUCGGACAUUGGCACAGGGGUGGGGCACUCAGCAACGUUUGCGUCAAAGCCAGUCAAACCACAGCCCACCGCACGACAAGUUACUAGGCCAACCCCUGCAAGGUCUCCAACUAUCUACCGCGUUGAUCCCUGCUGCUGCCCCAAUGGCGACCCGCGCUCAGUUCGAGAACUCCAACGAGAUCGGCGUGUUCUCCAAGCUCACCAACAGCUACGCGCUCUGCUCCAUCGGCGGCAGCGAGAACUUCUACAGCGUCUUCGAGUCGGAGCUGGCGGAUCAUAUUCCAGUUGUUCACACCAGCAUAGCGGGGUGCCGCUUUGUGGGGCGGGUGUGCGUAGGCAACAAGCGGGGGCUGCUGGUUCCCAACACAACGACAGACCAGGAGUUGCAGCAUCUCCGAAAUGCUUUGCCCGACUCGGUCGUGAUCCAGAGGGUUGAGGAGCGCCUGUCCGCUCUGGGGAACUGCAUCGUCACCAAUGACCAUGUGGCACUGGUGCACACGGACCUCGACCGGGAGACGGAGGACUUGUUAGCUGAUGUUCUUGGGGUUGAGGUGUUCAGGCAAACAAUCGCGGGCAACGCGUUGGUCGGGAGCUACGCGGUGAUCACCAACCAGGGGGGCAUGGUGCACCCGCGGACUUCCAUCGAGGACAUCGAGGAGCUGUCGAGCCUGCUCCAGAUCCCAUUAGUGGCGGGAACAGUAAACAGAGGGUCUGACGUGCUAGGAGCGGGGGUGGUUGCUAACGACUGGACGGCGUUUUGCGGGCUGGACACGACAUCAACGGAGAUCAGCGUCGUAGAGUCUAUCUUCAAGCUCAACGAGCAGGGCCCCUCCAACAUCGUCAACAGCAUGCGAAGCUCUCUCAUCGACUCGCUGACAUGACCCUGUCAAGAAGUUGACAACAUGCAAGCUUUUUAUCGGAAAAAAAGUGUUGGGGGAAAACGCCGGAGACGUUCGCCGGCGAAGGACCUGAUUGUUCGGACCUUGUUGUUGAAGUGAAGGCAUUUUUGGACAUAUGGUUCUAGUAAGGCGUAAUCGACAACCAUUAGCAACCGACAACAGACAUUUUUGGAGCAUGCGGUUGACGAGCAGUCGGCAACGGUUGGCAAUCCAUUGUAUCUGCGCAACAGGCAGCGGUAGGCGUUGAUUGACAAACAGAACGUGGACUUGGAUAAGGGCCACCCGAACCGGUAGACAUUCCCCCGCCCACCGCCACGUGUGUCACCUCGCUUUGGUCGCCGUGGCGCGAGACUCGUGUGUGUGUGUGCACACAUGAUGUGCCCCCCACGCCACGUAGCCCCCGAACUAGGUAGGCAGUGCGUUCGCGCGCCAGCAGGUUGCUUCAAGCGCACGCGGCUCCAACGUUGAUCUUAACAUCGAAUGUGGUUUGUUAAAGUUGGGUCGCGAUGUAGAUACACCCAGCAGAGAGAGAAAAUAUGAAACACGGCGGUUUCCACGCACAUAGUUUGGGGGCUUUUUCAUGGCUCACCAGGAACUUGUGUCGUGUAGGAUAGGACCGCCGACAUGACGGUAUGGGUGGUAGCGUAGAAAGCGUUUCGUUGUCCAUGGGCCUUGCAUUAUGGGUAAUUAACUCCGCCCUGUUUUUCUCUUUUCCUCGAUUUUUUUGCUGUGCUGAUGGCGUUGAGGCAAACGCGCAGUUGACUUCGCACAUUUCCGCCUUGACUAAAGGCAGGCAAAGGCCCUGUGACCACACGCCCAGAGGGGGGGGGGG